CGCACCCACUACGUGCCAUGUGAUGUCUGUCGGUAAAUCAAAUCGGACAGGACGCUUAUCGGUUCUGCCGUUGCGUUUCUACCGCAACUCAGCCUUGUGGACUGGCUGUUUCCUUAAGAGACGGAGCGUCCCUACUCGAAUACCCCAGCCUUGCGUGCUUCUAUACUCCACGGAUCAUAGCCUCUCGUGGCGAUAGUCAGAACACGAGAUGCCUAUAAUAGGCCCUACAAACGUAACCGCCAUCGGUACGUCGACCUACUUGCCGACAUGUGCGGCAUCGGCGACUGUAACUGUACAACAUCCUACAGCGAACGGGACGCCCGUCAAACGCGCCUUACAAUGGUCUCACAGCGAGGUCUUUGUCACACCCUACGGGACUUCACUUGCUAUAGGAUCAGGGAGGGUAGCAGACCUUACAUCUGUAUUUACCCCAAGCCCAUCAUGUGUUGACAGAUGGUUGUUAGCGCCCACGCCGUCUUGCGGUAUAGAUCACACGGCCAUUGGCCUUGAUACCGUCUGGUCCGUGAAUCCUACGCGAUCGAUCGUCUCCGAUGUCGAGUACAGCAACUGCCAGCUCUACGGAACGGCUACUUAUAGUCCUGGGAUAUGUCCUAGCGGCCAAACAAUUGCAGAAGUAACCGCGUACGCAAGUAGUGCAUUGAAUGGAACCAAACUAUUCUGGCAAGCGAGCUGUUGCAAAAGCGAUAUGACCUUUGGCCCGGAGUACCCAGAUCUUUGCCUAAGCCGCUUUUCGACCCCCGUCAGUGCUUACGCUGCGAUCAUAACGGAACCCGCCUUUGAAGGCCAGGAUAUCACUCCGGUCUGGGAAUAUACAUCUAACUACGGUUCUGACGGGACAACUGUGAUCUCCAGUAUCACAACGAUUGCAACAGGCCUAGCGGUUGCUGAUCCUGUCGUAGUCGCCUGGCAGAUUGACGACAUCGAAACCUUCCCGAGUGAAUACGUCAAGUCGUUAGUUGCGAGGUAUAGCAUACCUGCUCCAGCCAGUACGUCUACACCAACAAACAACGCUCUAGAGCCAACGGCCGCACCCGCAUCCGAUGGUCUUAGCACUGGCACACAAGUAGGGAUUGGGGUAGGGGUAGCACUUGCUGCUGCUCUUGCUGGAGGCCUGUUGAUCUUCUGGUGUCUGAGACGUCGUCGAAAAGCUAGUACGACCGAGGAGCCGGAUGUCGUGAUACCAGAGAUGGAAGAUCAAGACCACACCCAUACCGAGCGCAAGUGGUACUUUGGCGGGCGAUGGAGGAGUGAGAUUGAUACUCAAGCGACUCAGAACGAACUUGACUCGAAGGCGGUGCAUGUUGUCCCUGGACCACCGGCUGAACUGGAAGCACACGAGCCUGCGGUUGAAGGUGCCAAGAUUGCAGGAAACGAUGACGGCAGGGUAUAACUGUAUACAAUACGCGACAGAAGCAGACCUGGAGCAGAUCUUUUUGGCUUUAUCCACUUCCAGGAAACCGGAACACGGCAACAAAGAUUACAUGAUGAGUUCUUUUCUUUUGGCUCGAUAAUGCUGCGCAGUCAUUACUGCACAAGCGCAGUUGAGCCUUUCUCUUACGUCCUCAGCCGACCGGUAUGGUCUCUCAUAUGCUUUGGACGCGAUAUCGCGACUACUGCCACAGCAGCCUUUUGGUCUCCUUGAUGGCUUAAUGGAAUUCCAAUAGCAAUGUUCAGUCUGUGAGGAAGAGAAUGCACUAAUAUCCGCCUUGGUUCACCUAAUCUCCGUUUCGGUCUCGCGAAUCACGGUGAAACAAGCUUCUAUGAGCAGGGAGCGUUUCAUAAAUCCUUCAUCUUCAAGCCGCCCGCACUA